CUGCGUCCGGCAGUAGUGCAGGCGCCGCUCUCUGCUAGUCGGCAAGCCAGAGGAGGAGGAGUUUAAGGAAGAAUCCCGGCCGCUGCCCUCAGCGGUCGAAGCCGCGCCAUGCUUGCCCUCGGAAAGAGCCUGACUAAGGCUCUGGCCGCUCGGACCCUGGCGCCUCAGGUGUGUUCAUCUUUUGCUACGGGCCCCAGACAAUACGAUGGAACAUUCUAUGAGUUUCGUACUUAUUGCAUUAAACCUUCAAAGAUGAAUGAGUUUCUGGAAAAUGUUAAGAAAAACAUACAUCUUCAGACAGCUCACUCUGAAUUGGUUGGAUCCUGGAGUGUAGAAUUUGGAGGCAGGAUUGAUAAAGUGUUUCAUAUUUGGAAGUAUGACAAUUUUGCUCAGCAAACUGAAGUUCGGAAAGCCUUGGCCAAUGAUAAGGAAUGGCGAGAACAAUUACUCAUUCCAAUUUUGGGUCUUACUGAUAAACAAGAGAGUGAAAUUACUUAUCUGGUGCCAUGGUGCAAAUUAGAAAAACCACCCAAAGAAGGAGUCUACGAGCUGGUAACUUUUCAGAUGAAACCUGGUGGGCCAGCUCUGUGGGGUGAUGCAUUUAGAAGAGCAAUUAAUGCCCAUGUCGACCUAGGCUACUCAAAACUAGUUGGCGUUUUCCAUACAGAAUAUGGAGCACUCAACAGAGUUUCAGCUACUUUAAUUUUCUUCUCUGCAUCAGCCAAAUAUUCAGUGUUCAUGUUCUUUGGUGGAACGCGAGUGCGGAUAGCCGAGCAGCUGGGAGACACCAGUCUCAUGAGGAUCCCAGAGUUGUGGCAGCUGUUCGGGAAAGUGUCAAUUACCUAGUGUCUCAGCAGAAUAUGCUUCUGAUUCCUACAUCAUAUCCACCACUGGAAUAGUUUUCCACGGACAUACAAAGCAUUGCAUGAACUGCCAUAACAUGUGUCUGUUAAUGGUGCUUAAAUUCUUCCAAGAGAUUCUGACUUUUAUUUGAAGGAGGUGGUAAGCUAAUUUGCUAUAUCCCUUGCAUUUUUUAAAAGCUACUCUCUAUCCACUGUCACCACCACUUCAGGAAACAGUCUGUUCAUUUUCCCCUUGGUAUUUCAGUAUCUGUCACACAUUAAAAAUAGUUGCCAUUACUACAGUAUCUUGAUUUUUCAUUUGUUUCAGAAUAUCUCUUGUUCUCUAUUUUGACAACCCUCUGCUUUUAUACCAUUUUCUUACAUACAAAUGAUUGUUACAUUUCCAUACCUGUGAUAGUAUCGUUAAAUUAUAUGCAUAAAUUAUCAACCUUUUCAUCAUGUCUGUUUUUCUGAGAUUAUACAAGUUUUUGUUCAGUAAGGUUUUCUUUAUAAUACCAAUUGGGAUCCAUAAAAAAAUCCAUUAAUCAUUUCUUUACUACAGAAAAGUACAGUAUCAUCUGUGUCAUUUAUGUUAAUUAUGGUUUUUACAUUAAUAAUUAAUUACUUGGAAAACAAUGUUAUUAGGUCCUGGUAUUAAAGCACAUUGAUAACUCAUUGGUUUAUGUGCUUGCAGUAUCUUCAUUUACAGUUAAUUUUACUAAUUUUUACUUCAUUUUGGAUCACUGUUUAAUAAAGAUACUCGGUCAUCUAUUUGGUUUUUUUUUUAAUUGAAGUAUAGUUGAUUUACAAUGUUGUGUUAGGUCAUCUAUUUGUUUUAAUGAGAUUUAUAAUUAUGGAAAUGUCUGCCCUAAUAAAAG